AUGGCCUCGAAAAUCAGUCCGGGCUGGAACGCCCUGCUGAUCUUGGGUCUGUUGCUCGUCCUGCUGCCGUCGCAGGUUCAUGCCUUUGGCGCCGGCAAUAUUGCUUCUAUCUCCGCGGUGGAAGGUAAAAAUUGGCGUCAUGGCGAUAUCGAGGAUAUGCUCAAGACGGUCGCUUUCAUCAAAGGUCACAAAUGGACCUCCACCAUGAUCAAGCGUGUCUACUUUGGAAACUGGUUGCGCGAUUAUUCGCAGGCAAUGGACGUCGGUACCCUCAAAAGUCUGCCGGCCGAUACCAUCCGCGUCCUUGUCUGGAUCCUUUCAUUCAUGACUUUCGGCUAUGCGACAUCGGAGUUCGAGGUCACCUCCGACCGGCUGGGAGUCUACCGCCCAGAGGAGCAUAUUGACAACCCCAAAGACUACGCCGACAAUCAAGAUGCUCGCGAGUACGACGCUCGACUGCGGGGCCCAGUCCGCCAGCCUGAACUCGACAUCGAUCGUGAGACGGGUAUGAAGAAUUACAUUGCCAAUGAAAGAGGAAACUGGGACACGAGCGCUGCGUACAUCAAAAAAAGUUUGGCUCGCAGCAUCCAGUACGGGAGACAAUAUGCCCAAGGCGGAAGACGCGAGAGAAACGAAGAGGACCUCUGCGAGGCACUGCGGUGUCUAGGACAGGGCCUUCAUACUCUGGAGGACUUUGCGGCGCACACAAACUACUGCGAGCUUGCUCUCCGCGAGAUGGGCUUCCAGAACGUUUUCCCGCAUACUGGCACGAGGACCCAGAUGAACAUCCGCGGCCACCAAGUCUAUCCGCUCGUGACAGGUACAUUCGGCAUGGUCGAUUUCUUUCACUCGGUCCUGGGAGAAGCGACUGAUCACUUCACGCAAUCCGAGGUCAACGAAAUGGACAUUGCGCUGGGGGAUGCUCAAUCCAACUCGUCGUCCGGCUCUUCCUCGGCUUUGACGGCGCUGCUGGGGAAGAUUCCCGGGACCAAGGAACUCGUCGCGGAAGCCGAGGAGCUGAAGCGUCGCUCGGAGGCCCAGGAAUCAGCCAACAGGAACAACGGAUCCCGUGCAGGCUAUGCGGCUCGCGAGAUGGUGCGGGACUUCAGCGAGCACGACUCGGGUCAUAGUCGCGGAUUCGGAGAGGGGCGACCCCGAUCAACAAGGGCAUCUGAAUCCUACAAACCUUCCUUCGACGGCGCAUCGGGUCCCUUGUCUGAUUUCGACGCGAAGAACACCAUCUCCCAGAUCUACCCGAUUCUCGAGUUCAGGGAUAAAGUGGUCCGGAAUCUGUCGUCGAUUAUCGAGAAGAUCCCCGGUCUGGAGGCGCUGGUUGAGAAGAUCACUGAAACCCUAACAGUUUUCGUCAUGUCUCUGUUGGCCCCGUUCAUUCGCCCCAUUAUCCAGGCCGCCUCCAAAUCGUUGCAGUCUGGGUCUGCUGGUGUCAUUGAUGCCUCCGGGAAACACCAGUAUGAGCCGUGGACCGACCCAACCUGCACGGAUCCCACCCACUCAAUGCUGUCCAAGGACCAUUUCUCCAACGUUCUCAACGAGCCUGCCGGUCACGUCGCCUCUGCCAUCCUUCGGUACGUGGCGCCUCGUGUCCUCCAUGCCUGGGAGAACACCAAUGUCUCGGAACAAGCUGUGCUGGAGGACUGCCUGAGGGUGUUCCACCAUCCCGCUCUGCGGGACAUGCGCAAUGAGGCUCAUAGAACUAUGUACGAGGCAGUUCAGGCGUGGGUGCAGUCGAGAUCCGACCGAGGCGCCAAUCUCAAUGAUAUCCUCAGCGCCGAAGGAGUGAAGGAAGGAAAGAACAAUUCGGGAGAGUCCGGCCAUUCCCACGGACACGGCCAUGGGCACUCCCAGGGAGCGCAGGCUCAAAAUAGACCACCGCAGCAGCAGCAGCAGAGUUCUUCCAGUCCAUUGGGGCAGCUUUCCAGCCUUCCGAUCCCAGGAAUGUCCAAUCUCAACAAACUGAGUAGCACUUUCUCCAAUCUCGGACUGGGCGGAUCAUCUCGGAAUGAAGAACCUUGGCAGCAGCAGACAUCGUCGCAAUAUCAGAAUCAGCCGUAUCAGAGUCAGCCUCCUCUUACCAGUCCCAGUCCCAUUAUUCACACCAGUCCGGUGGAGACUACAGCAGUCAUCAUAGUGGUGACCAUGGCCGUCACAAUCAGCACAGUCAUGGUGGGCAUAGUUCAGACUACUAUGGUCAACAAUUAUCAAGUCAUGAUAACGACUACCACUCCCGGCCCCACGGUUCUAGUCAUCAAUCUUACAACAGCAGUUCCUCCAGUCAGGGGUAUGGGCAAAGCUACGGACAGGAGAAUAGAGGAGAGGGAUAUGGAUCCGGAAGAUAUGGGCCCGGGGGGGUAUGGGUCUGGAGGAUACCAGUAUUGA